AUGCUACGCGUGAAGUACGACCGGUUGCGGCCUAUGUCGUCCCCAGCAACAAGCGUAGCCUUCGUGUCAUUCAGUAUCGACUCUCCCGACUCCCACGUGAACUACAUGGACUCGGGGAGACUGAAGCUGCACUGUUUCUGCCGAGGCACGACGUUUCAUGUGGACGAAGCAGCUGUCGGAGUCGGCAAAACAAGGAAACAGCGCGAGGACUACGACCGGUUGCGGCCACUGUCGUACCCAGCAGCAAGCGUAGCCCUCGUGUGCUUCAGCAUCGACUCUCCCGACUCCCGGAAGAACAACAUGGGCUCGGAGAGGAGGAAGCUGUGCUGUUUCUGCCGAGGGGCGCCCUUUCUUGUGGAUGAAGUAGCCGUCGGAGACGGAAAGGCAAGGAAGCAGCGCGAGGACUACGACCGGUUGCGGCCACUGUCGUACCCAACCAGAGCCGUCGUCAGCAUAUGCUUCAGCAUAGCCUCUCCCGAAACCCGGGAGAACUAA